AUGUCGUCGCCUUCAUCGACGAAGGUUUGCUUCAAUUCGAACUGCAAAGAGUUGUUGGUGCAGUCCAGAAAAGGUUGGCGCCGACGCACCGGCGAGUUCGCCGACCUCUGUGAACGUUGCGCUUCUGUUUAUGAGGAGGGGAGAUUCUGUGAGACUUUUCAUGUGAAUGCUUCUGGUUGGAGGUCUUGCGAGUCUUGUGGGAAGCAAAUACAUUGUGGAUGUAUAGUUUCAUUCCACAUGUUUGUACUAUUGGAUGCUGGAGGAAUUGAGUGCAUUACAUGUGCGAGGAAAAGUUUCAUUUUGACGCCAAAUCCUGCAUGGCCGCCACCAUCUUUACUUCCUCUACAGCCUGAAAGAAUUAAAGAUCUGUCUGUCAAAAAUUGGAAUCCAUUAGCUGGAUCAGGCCCACUACCAUGGCGGCAAGCACCCAGUUUGUUCAAUGGUUCAACUACUCAGUCUGAGUUGCAGCCUAGGAUGCCCUUUGAAGUUGAAAUUUCAGGUGGCAUUGAUAAACUUCGUAUUAGUGAGCAUUUAUCUGCUUCGUGGGAGAAUAAGAAAAAAGAGGAAUCCCAUGGAAGAUUAUUGAACGGAAGCCUGAAGAGUGGUGUGCCAGAGAUACCAGAGAAUGGAAAUACUGGAAUCAACUGUGAUGGGCAAUAUAAUCCUUGUGUACAUGUUUCUCAGCAUUUGGCUCUACCUUCUGAAUCCAAAAAUGAAAUGAACGACCAAACCAAGGUUUCUGGGAUUCACGUACAACGAAUUACCCCUCCUCCAGUUGGAAAACAAUUCUGUGGCCAUAAUGGUUUGGACUCAUCUGCUGAAGCUCCAAUGCGCAAUGGAAGACCCCGAGGAGAUUCCCGGGGACGAAACCAGUUACUUCCUCGGUAUAGACCCAGGAUAACUGAUCAGGAGCUACAACAAAUAUCUGGAGAUUCGAACUCGGUAAUUACUCCUUUGUUCGAGAAGAUGUUAAGUGCUAGUGAUGCUGGGCGGAUAGGGCGUUUAGUGCUGCCAAAAAAAUGUGCAGAGGCCUAUUUUCCCCCUAUUUCUCAACCUGAAGGAUUGCCACUCAAAGUACAAGAUCUAAAAGGCCGGGAAUGGGUAUUUCAAUUCCGCUUCUGGCCCAAUAAUAACAGCAGAAUGUAUGUUUUAGAAGGGGUAACUCCUUGUAUACAGUCCAUGCAAUUGCAAGCUGGAGAUAUAGUGACAUUUAGUAGGGUAGAGCCUGAAGGAAAGUUGGUCAUGGGAUGCAGAAAGGCUUCCACUGCUCCUUCAUCAGAUCAGGGCAAUGAUGCUGUCAAUAUUGGUAAUGGGGUUUCUACCCUUGGAGAUGUUAGUGCUGCUAAGUCGGCAGAUCCGGCCAUUACUUUAUCCGAACUUGACAAGUCCGGAUACAUAGCGAAGGAAGUACUUGAGGCCAAGCCUUGCUCCCGUGUUAAGAGGAAAAACAGUACCUUGAUUUCAAAGGGUAAACGCCUAAGAAUUGAAAACGGGGGCAUGAUAGAGCUAAAGCUGACAAUGGAACAAGCUCAAGGAUUGAUCCGUCCAUCACCCAACCAUGUCCCUGCUAUUGUUGUAAUUGAAGAAUAUGAAUUUGAGGAAUAUGAGCAGGAUGCACCAGUUAUUGGGAUGCCUACAAUCCCUGCAACAGAUAAUACAGGUGAAAACAUCCAAUGGACUCAGUGCGAAGACUGUUUUAAGUGGCGCAAAGUGCCUGCCAGUGCUCUUCUUCCCUCAAGGUGGACCUGUUCUGGGAACUCGUGGGAUCCAGACAG